GUCUGCUAGGGUUAUAAGAAGUUGUCAUUCUUAAGUGUCAAUUUUAUAAUAAUGUCAUUGAUAACAGACUUUGAUUGAAUUCCAUAAUUUUCGAGUAUUCUCUUUGAAUACACUUUUCGUUUAUUUCAAUUACAACUAGGAUAAUGUAUUUUAUUUGAAGUAUUUAGUUAGAAAAAACCAUAACCUUUUGAGUAUAAGGUCCAAUAUGGAUUGCGAAGAUAAGAUACGUAGAAAUGAAUUAAUACCUGAUGCUGAAGAGACUGUAGAUAUUCAUGACGAUCCUCAAAUUGAAAUGAAAGAAGAUGCAUUAGACUUAACAAUUCAUUGUGAGCCAACACUCAUAGAAGAAGACGAUGAAGAAGAGGAUGUUGAAUUGGCUGAAAGCCUCAUUAUACCUGAAGAAUGUGUUGACCCUUUGGAGUUUUUACAAGUUGAUCAGUCUUCGAUUGAUGGGAGUUCAGAUGAAGAGGAAUCAGUUGAAUCAAAACAUUUUAAGACUGAUUCUUCAUCUGACGCCGUUACAGACACUCUUUCAAAUGGAAUACAAAAUGAUACUUGUAACACUGAAAUCGUAACAAGAGGAGAUCUUCUUACCACUAACAAGGAUGUCGCUGAGGUCCUGUCUUCAACCGAAGUCCUUUGCAUGAACUGCGGUCUGCCUAGAAAUAGCAUACCGGUAGUUGCUCCAGAGGAGGGAUGCCUAUCAAAAAACGAAGAUUCUUGCGAUGUCUGCUCAUGUGUUCCUGAUAGGUUUACAUGCAAGAUUUGUAACCUGACAACAAAACAAUCACUUUACGACUCCCAUAUGCAAACUCAUGUAAAAGCUAAAAACUUCAAAUGUGGAACUUGUGGAAAAAUGUUCCUACACUUUCCUCACCUGAAGGUGCACAUGACAGCGCAUGGGGAGGAGAAGCCACUGUUUGUCUGUGAUAUUUGCAACAAAGCGUUCAAAAUGCACAAGUCGCUAAAGUACCAUCGACUGUCAUGCGUAAAAAGUAAGUUAUACAAGUGUAAAAAGUGCGGAAAAAUGUACUCGGUUAAAAGAGACUUCUACAACCAUCUGAGAGGGCACGAGAAGGAAGAGAGGGGGGAGGAGGAGACGCUGACUUGCGAGAUAUGUUGUAUCCUAUUUGAAGACAGCAGCAGCAAGAAGGAACACAUUGUCCAAGUUCACGUGGAAGCGCAAAGAUUUGUGUGUGCUGUCUGCGGAGAGGCGUUUGUCACCGAGGCGGCAAUGAAAAGGCACAAGGUCUCUCACAACCACAAAUUCCGGUGUAAGUUUUGCGAACUAAGAUUCUCUAAAAAGCGAGAACUAUAUUUCCACAAAGUUCUUGAGCACAAUUCCAUUAAAGACUAUCGUUGCCGGAAAUGUGAUUGUGACUUUGAGAACGUCGAAGGUUUUAUCGAGCAUAAGGUUUCCAAGUCGUGUGAAGGCGACAGUGCGAUUUGCGAGCAGUGCAAUAAAUCGUUUCGGAACAAGCCCGCUCUGAGGAAGCACCUCAUAGUCCACAUACCGAAGGGUGAACGUACCGUACCGUGUGACAUUUGCAACAAAAAGUUUUGCGGCAAUCCAGCAUUGAGGAAACAUAUACGACUGUUUCACACAAACAUUCGACCCUACACGUGUGAAUUUUGUUCCAAGUCGUUCAACCAGUUGUGCAAACUCAAGUAUCACAUUGUAAGCCAUGCAAGUGACAAACCUGUUGCGUGUGAGGUUUGUAACAAGAAGUUUGGCAACGAGAAGGACAUCAAGAUCCACAUGAGGGUCCACACGGGAGAAAAACCCUUUGCAUGUAAAAUCUGCGGUAAAAAGUUCCGUCAGCGAGGACAUGUCAAGUCUCAUCAACUGGUGCACACUAAGGAGAAGCCGUUCUCCUGCGAAAUCUGCCAGAAAGGUUUUGGUCUAUCUAGUUCACUAAAAAAACACAUGAGACUUCAUCAGUCUAGCAUUUAAAAUGCCCACGUUAUAUUUGAGGUAGAUUCCUUUGAUUUUUGUUACCAUUUAUUUUUGUUUUGUUUAGUACAAAAUGUUUUAUUUUACUACCCUUAUGAAGAUUUUUUUUAUUUUCAGAUAAUUUAUCAGAUCAAUGAAUAUACAAUAUCACAUUAUAAAAUCUACCACUUUAUAUAAGUUUUAGUUUGCUAGCUAGCUUUAAAACCUUAAAGCCUCUUUUGAUUCUAUACUGCAAAUUUUUUAGUACUAAAACAGCAAUCAAGCAACGGAAAGGUAGGCUAAUAUUUUGUACCUUAUUUGCUGUCUAGUGAUCAUUAAUUUUCAUUUUCCAAGAAUGGGUUGUUUAUUAAUUUUUAAGAAAAAAAAACUAACCUUCAGAUAUUUUAGUAUACACAGGCAAUGGUUUGGGAAGCUUUGAGAAUAUCAAGCAAUUAAACUAAAUAGAAGCAAAUAGCUGUCAUACUUAAUAACAUUUUUUGGAGAUCUCUCUUAACAAGCAUAAUUAAAUUGGAACUUUGAUACAUUUUCAUUAGGAUUUUCUUUUAUAGAAUCUCUAUUAAAUUUUUCUUCUCAUAUUGCAGUCUCUGAAUAUUCUAACUUAACAAAGUUUAAUCCCAGCAUAGUUUUCAUAGAUCUUAAUACUAAGGCUCUCUAUUGUGGUUUUUAUAAGCCUGUCCAAUUAUUUAAAAAACUAAUUUUUGUUUCUAAAAUUUUUUAAAGUUACAUUAGUUUACUAAUGUUAUUUCUAUUUUUAAAGUUAUUUUUAUAAAUGUUUUUGUACGUAGUUAUAUAUUUUUUAUGUAGAUAUUCUAUAGGUUAGAACAGUAUUUCCUAGUUAUAAAGCAAAUGUUUUUAGUUUCCUUUUACUCAACUCCAAGUUUACCUUAAGGUGAAUCGAAAUAAUUAUUUCUGACUCCUCAAUAAUUAACUGCUGCUAAUUUUGGUAUUGAUUAAAUUCUUAAAAUAUUUUUAUUGAUUUAUACACACCACACUGUAUCAUUGUAGCCUAUGAAUUAUUUUACUGUUUUCAAUAUAUUUAAGAAGACAUAGGAACAUGUAAGUAAUAUUUUAUUAGGUCACAAAACUAGUUACUAUUUACAUAACUACUGAUUUAUUGCUGUGUUUUAGUUAUACUAAAGAUGCUUUAAGUGUGUAAAUAGUAUUAGUAGUGUUGUUUCAUUGUUGUAUGUGUUUUAAAGUAGUUGAAAUAUUCAUGGACAUGACUAAACUUAGCUUGCAAAAGCUCGUAUAGACACUUAUGCCAUUGGCACUCCAUUUAUGAUGUUUAUUUUUAUUUAUUCAUUACUAUUUUGGCAAUCCUGCAUUUUUGCCCUAAUACAGUAUUUAGCACUGUAGCCAACAGUGCCUAAAGGCCCUGUUCCCUGAGCACUAAUUGAUUAUAUUCUAUAUUGCAUUUCAAAUCAAUUAAAAUUAAGAUUAAUUUUGCAAAGUAAAGAUAGUAGACAUAAAACAGUAGAAAAUGGUUCUUGUUUCUUGUGAUUAUUGUUCACCCAAAUAUAAUAUUCAACUUAAGGAAAUAUUACAUUGUUUCUAACUAUGUGUUUCUUGUGACUUUCGUUUAAGAUUUUUUUUAAUAAAGCUAUAUCAUAAUAAAAAUUAGUUACAAUCAUCUCGAUCUAGUCAUUUCAAAUUGUUUGUAAGUGAUGUAUACAU